AUGUCCCAACAAGUGAUUUACGCGCGACCGGGAGAAACGGUGCUCCUCCCUGCCCCAAUACGAGAGGAGCAAUACUUCGGCCCAAUCUCGUGCCUCUCCUGUAUCGGUUUGGCUGUUUUUUUCGGCCCGUUCGGUUUGCUCGUGUGCUGCUGCCCGUGCGAUAGACGCAGAGAAGUGAUGGAAGGCACACAGAUGGUGGUCGGGGAAGAUGGGAGUUUACAACGCGUAAGUUACGGACCGGGAGUGGUACAAGCACAAAGAAUGGAACCGAUGAUGCGAGAACAACGAGAGUAA